AGCGCCGCGCGCAGUUGCAGAGUCACUGCGCCUGGUUCGACUGUAAACAAGGGCGAAGAAAGAAAAGUCGCGAUUUUAAGCUAACGUCGGGCCUUAACGUCCGCGCUGUUGGUCACAACACCGAUGUUAAUUCGUUGAGUGAUUUCUAGAGACGAGUCCAGCCAUCCAUGCGCAGGCUUAUUAUUAUUUUUUUUAAAUAAAAAGGCACAGGUCGUGUUUUCGCGGAGCCUUUCAAGCUAGCGGUAGCUUCCCAGUCAGUCCCUUUAGCUAGCAUUAGCCUUAGCUGGCUACUCAACGUCCAAGGGCCUGUUGCGAGGGAAACACCCUGUAUGCCCUGGGCAUAUCUCUCUUUACUGCGACCAGGAUAUCCUUAACCCUGGGUGGCUGGUCAGAGCGGCCUCCUCCCACCAUGGAGGCAGGAGGGAAGGACUGCGAAGAGGAGACACUGCAGACGGCCUUCAAGAAGCUGAGGGUUGACGCUGAGAGUUUACCCGGAGCUGUGAGUGUUUCGGAGGCGUUGGCUCCCCGAGUGGCAUCACGCGCCUGUCUCGACACCAGCGGAGCGAAGCCCAAACUCGGCUGCCCGAAGGACAACUGGCAUGGCUGUAUGAGGAAAACUUCGAGAGGAGCAUCCAGAACCCAGCGGCGUCGGCGGUCCAAGUCCCCCAUCCUCCACCCUCCGAAGUUCACCUACUGCAGCACCACUGCAGCCUCUGCACUGUCGACCCCUAGUGGCUGCCUGAAGCACCAGCGCCUGGCCAUGCCUGAGCCUGUGGAGCCUCGUCCUGCAGUCGAUGGAAGAACACCCUCCUCUGUAGCUGUCCCGGCCCAGAAAGAGCUCUCUUCUUCGGGCACUCCCGACCACAUCUCCCCUCUGGUUUUUGGAUCUUGUGCUGGGUACGAGACGCAUAUUGGAGCUGUGGUUUCCUCGCCAUCCUUACGAGAGAUCCCCACUGUUAUUACUGCUGUUGCAACAUCAUCCAGGCAGGGUGGAGGAAGCUCCGGAGAUGCCGCGUCGAGCGAGGAGAGUGGCCCAGAGAAAAGUGCCUGUGACGGAGCAGAGUCUGGAGCUGGAGCACCUCGGAUAUCCGGGCCUGCAGAAGCCGCUGACUUCCGAGCUUUAUCCGAGCUCCACAGUAGCGGCUCCGCAGAAGGCCCCCGCGCUCCCUGCUCCUGUGGCUGGAGAAAUAGUUCAGAUUCCCAGGAAGAGAGCGGGCAAGGGGCUGAAUCUCAGUGCCGGUGCCAGUCCAAUCAUCAGGGCUGGCAUGGCGUGGAGGUGUACUCCUUCACGGGGCUCCGCAAUGUCAUCUCCGAGUGCGAGAGGAGCCUGCCGAGCCACGAGGACCCCACCAGAACACUCAGCACCAACACUAAUGCUGCCGCAGCUUCGUCACCUUCAUCGUCGUCGUCGUCUGGCUCCCCUCGCUCGUGUUCGGAGCAGGCGCGAGCCUACGUCGACGACAUCACGAUAGAGGACCUUUCUGGCUACAUGGAGUAUUAUCUCUACAUCCCCAAGAAGAUGUCACACAUGGCUGAGAUGAUGUACACUUAAAAAAAAAAAGUAAAAUAAAUAUAUAAUUAUAAUAUCAUAAGGAAAUAAUAAGGUAAAGAGGUUUUUUUUUUCUGUUGUUUAGGGAAAAGGUGGCCUUGAAGGAAUGUCAGUAGUGGGUAGAAGAAUGGAUCAGGCAUGAAAGUUGUAAUUAAAAUACACAACGUUAACUGAUUUUAACCCAGGUUGAAAUGUUUCCAUUCCCCCGCCCCCCCCCUGUUUGAGCUUUCCCCUCAUUUUACUAAAACUGACAGAAACUAAUUACGACAGCUAUUUCUCAUUUGUUUUCGACUUCCACCCUCCUUACACGGACUUUUGUUUUCAAAUUUAAUUUUCAGUUUACAAAUGAAGUUGCCAAAGCUCUUGGCGCGGGGUCUUGCAGGAGGAGGAGGUGGUGGUAAUCGUAGGAACAUGCAGACUUGUAAUGCCAAGCGUUUGUGGUGUUGUGACCUUGAAAAGUCGCCUGUCUGGAUUUCAUUUCACUCAAUAAAGAAGCAAAACUGCGUUUGUUGGAAA